AGAAACUUGGCAACUAAUAUGCACCAAGCGACUCUCUCCAUCCCACCAAAAAUUAUUUUCACUCAGCAUCAUGCAGAUGUUGAAUUUGUUCUUAUCCCAUUUCAGAUUAGCGACACAAGAUCGCCAAUGCCCCUGUUUCUUGAUUGUUCUAACUCUGCAUGUGAGAAUCAUUGGUUGCUUUUUCUUUAAUUACUUUAUUCGCACGAGGACAAAUCACAGUUUGUCAUCAUGAAGAUGAAGAUGAUAAGGCUAAGGUUCUGGUUUGAUCACGUAAACGUCGUGAAGGCGUGAAAAAAUUCAGCAAUGGCGAAUGGAAUAAUUUCUUCCUCUUCUUCUUCUUCUUCUUCGAUUUGGUACUGUUUAGUCUUGUCGGUAACCCUAUGGUGUUUAACGUUAGUCGAUUCAUCACCGACCUCGCCGCCCCCGGCGACUAUGGUGAACGUGACCAAGAGGCUGUUUUUCUCAAACUUCAACCUAGACGACCCUCGAGUCACCGACUCAAUAAAGCUUUUAGGCAACGCCGAAUUUUCCAGCGAAGAAAGUUCCAUCAGAAUCCCUCGUCCAUCCCAGGCCAUGGAUCUGCGACACCAGGCGGGAAGAGCCAUCUACUCGUCGCCUAUUCGCUUUCUUGACCCACAAACCAUGACUCCAGCGAGUUUCUACACCACAUUUUCUUUUCAAUUCAGCAAUUCUUCUGAAACCCAGAUGAUGGAACGUCAUGGCGGCAGCGGUCUCACCUUCAUCAUCGUCCCUGAUGAGUUCACGGUUGGCAGAGCAGGGCCAUGGCUGGCCAUGCUCAACGACGCCUGUCAAGAAAACUACAAGGCCGUCGCUGUGGAGUUCGACACUCGGCAGAAUCCGGAGUUCGGCGACCCGAGUGACAACCAUGUUGGGAUAAAUCUUGGCAGUAUUGUUUCCACUGCAGUUAUUAACGCGUCGGAGGUUGGUGUGUCUCUAAAAGAUAGUUCAGUUCACCGAGCUUGGAUUUCGUACGACGGUCACCACCGGUGGAUGGAUAUCCGACUUGGGUAUGACGAAGCUGAUCGUGAUUAUUAUCCACCCAAGGCUCUCUUCGCCGGUCGUCUUGAUUUAUCCUCGUUUCUCAACGAGUACAUGUUUGUCGGCUUCUCUGCAUCAACAGGCAACAUGACUCAAAUCCACAGUAUACUUUCAUGGAACUUCACAGCUUCAAGCCAGGCUGCUCUUCGAAUUCCUUCGUCAGAAACAUGCGAAAGCAAGCUGGUUCGAGAAGUUGACUACGGUCACCUUAGCCAGCACAAGGCAAAGGCAAAUCCAAUUCCCCUCCGCAGUAUCUUCAUUUUCGUGGGUGUCUCUACCUUCGUGCUACUCGGUUUUAUAAUUUGUUUCUUGUUUAAUAAACGAAGUCGUCGGGUUGGUAAAUCGAAAAGCACAGAGGAAAGGAAAGUAAAUAAAAAACCUCGGCCGCCGAACAAACCGCGACGGUUUUCUCUCUCAGAAAUCUCCUUUGCGACUCGAGGUUUUAGCGAGUUAGUGAUGUUGGGAAGCGACUCUAGAGGUGUCUUCUACAGAGGGAAACUCUCUAAUGGAUGUCAAGUCGCCAUUAAGCGAUUCUCCGAACAGUUCUUGACCUCGCAUGGAGUAGAUAGACGGCGGCUGCUCAAGGAAAUCGCCGCCAUCAGCCGAGUCCGACACCCCAACCUUGUUCCGAUCCAAGGGUGGUGUCAUGACAACCGCGAAGUCAUCGUCGUCUAUGACUUCUGCAUUAACGGGAGUCUCAACAAAUGGGUGUUCGGUGUCGGUGUUCUGCCAUGGUCAAGGAGAUUAAAGGUAAUCAGAGGUGCAGAAGCGCUGAGUUUCCUCCACUCGAAGCAACACUCUCACAAAAACGUGAAACCCACGAGCGUGUUUCUCGAUAUCAGAUUCCGCGCAGCACUGGUGACUUGGGUUUCGUCUGUCAGGGUGGAGUCCCGGAGGUUUGAAUCGGCGGUGAGUCAGACGACGGACGUGUUCGAAUUCGGAAUCUUUGUUCUGGAAGUAGUUUCAGGGAGGCGGAGGUUGGAGAUGGAGGGUAAGGAGGUGAGCAAAGAAGAGAAAGAUUUGGUGGAUUUUGCGUGGAGAAUGCACGAAAGAGAUGAGAAAACGAAGGUGGUGGAUCGAAGAAUGGGUUCACUGGUGAACUUGGAGCAAGCGGUUCGGGUUUUGGAAAUCGGGUUACUCUGCACUCUGAAUGAGGGGAAAGGACGACCGUGUAUGGCGGAAGUUGUGGAGUUUCUGAGCUUGGGAAAGAAACUUCCAGAACUUCCGGCGAGCCGUCCGAUGGCUUUGUUUCCUUAUAACAGCACCACUGGGCUUUGCACCGGCUAUUCUUGUUCCCCUUUCAACUGAUGAAAAUCCGGUGUUGAUAAUUUAUAAAUUAAAAAAAUAAAUUAGUUUGGUUCUUUGGUUCAAAAUUUUCAUAAUUUUGGUAUUCAAACAUAUAUUGUAUGUAUAUGGCAAUUAAUCGCACAAUUAACUAUUUCAAA